AUGUUGAUUACUAUCAAAGAAAUUUACCAAAAGUUCCAGGAAUUAAGCAAACUAGAAAAAAUUGCGGUUGGUGGCUGGGUAAAAUCAAUUCGAGAAAGCAAAGAAAAAAUUUUUAUUACUCUGAAUGAUGGCUCAACUUUAAAAUCCCUUCAAAUUAUUGUUCGGAAAAAUUUUUCUCAAUCAAAUUUAUUAGAAAAAAUUAAUUUUGCUAGCACCUUAUUAGUGAGCGGUAAGUUAACAUUAACCCCCGAAAGAGCACAGAACUGCGAAUUACGAGCCUCUAAAAUUGAAUUAGUUAAUCCAACAGCCACUUAUUAUCCAUUCCAAAAAAAAAAUAUUCCUUUGGAAAUAGUUCGUCAUUAUCCCCACUUACGAACCAAAACCAACUACUUUUUAGCACUUUUUCGCCUCCGUCAUAGCAUUAGUAAAGCCAUCCAUGAUUUUUUUCACCAAGAAGGAUUUUACUAUGUUCCUACUCCGAUUAUUACCAGCAAUGAUGCAGAGGGGGCGGGAGAAGCCUUUACCAUUACUACUGAUAAAAAAGAACCUUUUUUCUCGCAACCUGCCAGCCUGACUGUCAGCGGACAACUCCAUGCCGAAGCCUUAGCCCAAGGAUUAGCCGAAAUGGCUUUCGCUGAUUUAGAAAUAAUAAUCAAUUUAGCCGAAAAGAUGACAAAAUAUGUAAUAAAUUAUGUUCUUGACAAUAAUGGCACCGAAUUAGAAUACUUGGAAAAUUAUGACAAGGAAAAUAAAAAAGAGAUAAUUAAUAAAUUAAAAAAAAUUGUUGAUAAAAAGUUUGAAAGGAUGGAUUAUUCUGAACACGAAAAAUAUUUAUGUCAAUAUUUUAAUAAUGCUCCGGUUUUUGUUCUCAAUUUUCCCAAAGAAAUAACGGCUUUUUAUAUGAAAGGCAGAGCCUUACCAGAGACCAAAAAUAAUUCAGAAAAAAAAAUUGUGGCUUGUUUUGAUUUAUUGUUUCCGGAAAUUGGGGAAUUAAUUGGAGGAAGCAUGCGGGAGGAUAAUUAUCAAGUUUUAGUAGAAAAAGCCCGAAAAAUUGGCCUGGAUACUGCUAAUUUAGCCUGA